GCGAUGCCCUCGUGGUUGGCUCUCCGGCAGAAGGCUCCGGAGUGGUCUACGUCUAUUCGCUGAGUGCAGGUCAGUGGCUCCAAGAGUUGCGGCUUGUCCCGUCCGACGCUGCCGUCGGCGAUCGUUUCGGAAGCUCGCUGAAGUUGUCAGGCGAUUAUCUCGUGGUGGGGGCCAGCGGCCACGACGUGAAUUCUCUCUCAGAGACGGGGUCUGCCUACAUCUUCACCAGAAGCUCGGGCUGGCAGCAGCAGGCGAAGCUGCUCGCCAACGACACGAUGGCCGGAGAUCGCUUCGGCGUGGCCGUGGCCGUCACAGAGGAGGGCCACGUGCUGGUGGCGGGCCUCGGCUGA